AUGCCAUCGUUCAGCUCUCUCAAAGCUGCUACGCUUCUGCUAGCAUGCUCAUCUUUCGCUACAGCACAAACAUGUGACCUCCCUUCAUCUUACCGCUGGACAUCGACCGGUGUGCUUGCGCAGCCCAAGUCGGGAUGGGUCUCCCUGAAGGACUUCACCGUGGUUAACUACAACGGCAAGAAACUAGUGUAUGCCACAAACCACGAUACCGGCAGCAGCUGGGGCACCAUGAUGUUCAGUCCCUUUUCCAACUGGUCAGACAUGGGCUCUGCAACUCAAAUCAGCACCGCAGGCGCAGUCGCACCUACGCUUUUCUACUUUGCUCCCAAGCAAACCUGGAUCCUCGCUCAUCAAUGGGGACCUACAGCGUUCUCAUACAAGACAUCCAAAGAUCCAUCGAACGGCAGUUCUUGGUCUUCCGCACAACCGCUCUUCACCGGAAGCAUCCAGAACUCGGGCACCGGCCCAAUCGAUCAGACCCUGAUCGCGGAUGCUAACAACAUGUACCUCUUCUUCUGCGGCGACAACGGCAAAAUCUACAGGGCCAGCAUGCCCAUCGGAAACUUCCCCGGUAGCUUUGGCUCAAACUACGUCACCGUAAUGAGCGAUACCACCAACAACCUCUUCGAAGCCGUGCAAGUGUACACGCUCAAGGGCCAGCAGAAGUACCUCAUGAUCGUCGAGGCAAUUGGCUCGCAAGGCCGAUACUUCCGUUCGUUCACUGCAACGAGUCUUAGUGGCAGCUGGACGCCACAGGCAGCAUCGGAGCAGAACCCAUUCGCUGGCAAGGCGAACAGUGGUGCGACUUGGACGAACGAUAUUAGCCAUGGUGACUUGUACCGUGAGAACCCGGAUCAGACGUUCACUGUUGAUCCGUGUAACCUGCAGCUACUUUACCAGGGACGGGCGCCGAGCUCGGGUGGAGAUUAUGGCAAGCUGCCGUACAGGCCUGGUGUGUUGACGCUGCAGCGAUAGGUGCACGUUCAAAGAUACUUCUUCGAAAGAGUUUGCCAUUUUGUUCCUUGUAAAUAGCUUCAACAAUUCAUGUGUUUAUUCCAUU